AAAGCAACUGAAAUACAUCAGUUUGUUUCGAACUUUACGGCAAGCCCUGCCUGCAAUCUUAUUAAAUCCUUACAGCGUGAACAGUUUUAAUUGUAUCCUCUUCAAAUAUACAGUUUAAAGUAGUCUCGAUAUUAGUCAUCGGUGAAUUAUUCCAUCAAAAGACUCCAAGCAGGAAAGAACUUAUAAAGGAAAGUGUAUAUAUUAAGAAAUGCAUUCUGUGGGUAUUCAUUCAGCAUUAGCGAUAAAACGCCAACGAAAAAGACGUGAUGAACAAAGACGUGCGAAGGAGCGGCGAUAUAGCAUACAAAGUUCAGAAAGCGGAGACACAUUGCAUUCACCACAUGGAUCCACAAGACGAAAAUUUCAUCAUAAACAUUAUGCCUCGAAGUCAAAUACUGCCAUGUUGGAAAGUCAGGUCGUAACGAGCAUCGGAAUGCUUCACAUUGGUGUUGUUUUCAUCGUUUUUGGAGUAUUCUUACUUGGGGCUGGUAUUAUACCUGAUGACACUCCUUCGUGGAAUAUGUUUGGUUCCAGUAGCUCUUGGUGGAAUGAAGUAACGUGUACGGGACUCUUCUCCACUGGUCUCGGAAUUUUUCUUCUUGUUCUGAAUUGCCUCAUCAGCAAGAAAGAAGAAGAAGAUCUCGAAGACUACGUACAACGACAAUUAACCCGCUCAAGAUCUGGUCAUCGUUUGGAACGGGAUGCCGAAACUGGUGUCCUGACGACACGUCACACACGUAAAGCACUUGCCCUCAAGCAUGACAGUUUCGAUAAUUUGUCACACUCGAAUGUGACUCCCGAAACAAGUGAGAUGGUCACACCGACAACGCCAGUUGGUAACUGUAUAGGCAAUUCAGGAGAUAUGCUAUUAGAAAAAAUCAUGGAGGAGGAUAGCAGUUAUACGGAUGAAAGAAAUUGCGGAGAAAUACAAUCGCCAGUGGGAAACGAUAAAAGGUAUCUAUUAGGCAAUGGUCACACCAUCGGUGGAAACAUACCAAUCACUCGGAUUUAAUAGAUUUCGUGUAUGGUAAUGAGAAACGCAACACGAGCUGAAUGUCAACAGGUCGACACUUUGUUGCGUCUAGGAACUCUGUUGGUGAAUAUACGCUAAAAGAAAGAAAUGGUGCGUAAUUAUGCCUCCUGCCCUUUAAUAAUUAGUGAAAUAGAAAAUUAUAGAGUAAAUCCCAAAUUAUUUAUAAUCGUAGCUAUAUGUAUGUAGUAAAAGGAAACAUCAAAAUCUCGACAAUUUUAUUUUUAUAUUUAUUAUGAAGCUAUAAUAAGGCAAUAUUGAUAUUACAUUAUCUUAUUUAAUGCUUUUUCUCUUAAAUAUUUCAAACGUUCAAUCAAAAUAAUGUGAACACCGAUAAGCAAUGCAAAUUGUAUUGUCUCAUGUCCCAUUGCUUUUACAUGAUCAAUCAGUUAAUACUUUACCAAGAAAUGCCUCUUAUGUAGGAUAUUUUACUUUUCAAUAGAUUUCGUUCGAAAGUUUUAGCUUCGUUCGUGAAUAUUUUGACAAGACUCAAAUACAUAGUUAUUACGGAACAUCCUCAAUCGGUGGAAACAAAAGUUCGGAACAAAAAUUGAAAUACAUAAUAACAAAAAUAAAUCACGACUCACUCAAACAAAACAAUUCACAGUUUCCCUUUUCGUACAUUGAGCAAAUUUCAUCAGUGUAGUGUUUGAUCGCGUUUGGCCUGAGGUGCUGUCUUGGUCUGAUUAGCUGCAGUAAAGCGCCCGCCGCCAAGAAAAAUCUAUCCGAUCAAAAAAGAUGGUAAUUUUCACAAUGUCUGGAAUACACCAACGAUUAAAUGAUUUGAUCCAAUUGAAUUAUUCGAUUUGUGCCAUAUGGAGUCUGCCUUUGGCUUAGUGGGAGAAAGUUUGGUUUAUAUCGAUGAUCGACUCUAUCAAGUAGUUGACAGUAAUAAUUGGAUGUGGAAGCAUUUUCAUCACAUCACUGUUAGCAACAGACUACUUCGUGUCACAAGGAAGGAUCAAUUCCACAACCGUCCCCUCGAACUGAUGCAGGAGCGUUAUGCAGUGGCAGUCUCAGCACAUUUUAAAUGUUUAUGAAUUCAUUAGGCAUGGUCAUUAUUGAUUUGAUGACAGUCCCAUUUUGUGUAAAUGCCGAAUCGCAGUUGACUGUGAUGAAUGCAAUUCAAAUGGUGAAAAGAGUUCCCUUUGCUUAUGAUAAACCACAGGAUACCCUGCAACUUUUGACAAGAUCUCGAAUCUAUCAUAAACUGAUGUUGUUGGCUAUGGUACAGGAACAGUCGCCAACGCUAUACGUUUAGAAAUAAAUCUAUUUGUUAUACAUGACGAAUUAUUUUAACGCGAGAAACUAAGUCGUUUAUUAAAUACAGAAAGAAUAUAAAUGGCAAGUUGCGGGUUGAUCAGCUAAAAAAAUAUUAAUAAUUCCAACUGUGUGCAACUGAAUACUGUGAUUUCAUUAGCUUCUUUUCAUCUUUCAUAGUUUUCAAAGAAAAUACCAGCAGAUAAAUAUUUUGUUCAUCGUAUAGGACAUAUAAUACUAUAUUAAGUUUCAUAA